CGCGUGCUGAUGAGGGCGGUUGCAGGAGCGGCCGCUGGCCUGAGCCAUGGAUAGAUGCAAGCACGUGGGGCGCUUGCGGCUGGCCCAGGACCACUCCAUCCUGAACCCGCAGAAGUGGCGCUGCCGCGACUGCGCCGCCACCGAGUCGGCGUGGGCCUGCCUCAAGUGCUCGCACGUGGCGUGCGGCCGCUACCUCGAGGACCACGCGCUGCAGCACUUCCGGGCGACGGGCCACCCGCUGGCCAUGGAGGUGCGCGACCUCUACGUGUUCUGCUACGUGUGCGAGGACUACGUGCUCAACGACAACCCCGAGGGGGACCUGAAGCUGCUGCGCAGCGCGCUGCUGGCCGUGCGCGGGCCCCGGCAGGAGCCGCGGGCGCGGCGCGGCCCCACGCUGCGCUCGCGGGCGGCGGGCGAGGAUGCGGGCAAGGAUGCGGCGGCGGCGGCGGCCACGGCCACGGCCGCGGCGACAGUGACAGCUGCGGCGGCGGCAACGGCGCCCCCGCCGCAGAUGCUCACGGCGCUCUGGUACCGGCGGCAGCGCCUGCUGGCCCGGACGCUGCGCGUGUGGUUCCAGCGCAGCUCGCGGGGCCGCGCGCGCCUGGAGCAGCAGCGGCGGCAGGAGGCGCGGGAGCGCGCCAAGGAGGCGGCGCGGCAGCGGCGGCGCGAGGUCAAGCGGCGGCUGCUGGAGGAGCUGGCCAGCGCGCCCCCGCGCAAGAGCGCGCGCCUGCUGCUGCACGGCGCGCCCCGCGGGCACGCGCCGCGCGCCCCCGCCGCCGCCGCCGCCGCCGCCGCCGCCGCCGCCGGCCGCGCCCCGCGCCGCGCGCCCGCCGCCGUGGCCCCCGGCGUCACGGGCCUGCGCAACCUGGGCAACACGUGCUACAUGAACUCCAUCCUGCAGGUGCUCAGCCACCUGCGCAAGUUCCGCGAGUGCUUCCUGAACCUCGACCCGUCGCAGACGGAGCAGCUGCUCUCCACGGCCGCCCACGGGAGCGCCCCGCUGCCCGGGCUGGCGCCCCGGGGCGGCGAGGGGCCGCGGGCCCAGGCGUGGGGCGCCGCCGCCGCGGGCCUCUGCCGCGACGGGGCGGGGGCCGCCGCCUCGCUGGGCCGCCGCCUGGAGCUGGUCCAGGACAAGGAGCCGCGCUCCAAGCACAUCUCCCUCUGCCACGAGCUGCACACGCUCUUCCGCGUCAUGUGGUCCGGCAAGUGGGCGCUCGUGUCGCCCUUCGCGAUGCUGCACUCGGUCUGGAGCCUCAUCCCCGCCUUCCGCGGCUGCGACCAGCAGGACGCGCAGGAGUUCCUCUGCGAGCUGCUGCACAAGGUGCAGCAGGAGCUGGAGGCCGAGGGCACGCGGCGCCGCAUCCUCAUCCCGCUCUCGCAGAGGAAGCUCACCAAGCAGGUCCUGAAGGUGGUGAACACCAUAUUUCACGGGCAGCUGCGCAGCCAGGUCACAUGUGUAUCAUGCAAUUAUAAAUCCAAUACCAUUGAGCCCUUUUGGGAUUUGUCCCUGGAAUUCCCCGAACGCUAUCACUGCAUAGAGAAGGGGUUUGUCCCUUUGAAUCAGACCGAGUGCCUGCUCACUGAGAUGCUGGCCAAGUUCACGGAGACAGAAGCCCUGGAAGGGAGAAUCUACGCCUGUGACCAGUGUAACAGCAAACGACGAAAAUCCAAUCCCAAACCCCUUGUUCUGAGUGAAGCUAGGAAACAGUUAAUGAUCUACAGACUACCUCAGGUCCUCCGGCUGCACCUUAAACGAUUCAGGUGGUCUGGCCGUAAUCAUCGCGAGAAGAUUGGGGUCCAUGUCGUCUUUGAGCAGGUAUUAACCAUGGAACCUUACUGCUGCAGGGACAUGCUCUCCUCUCUUGACAAAGAGACCUUUGCCUAUGAUCUCUCCGCAGUGGUCAUGCAUCACGGGAAAGGGUUUGGCUCAGGACACUACACAGCCUAUUGCUACAACACAGAGGGAGGUUUUUGGGUCCACUGCAAUGACUCAAAGCUGAAUGUAUGCAGUGUCGAGGAAGUGUGCAAAACUCAAGCCUACAUCCUUUUUUACACUCAAAGAACAGUUCAGGGCCAUCCGAGAAUCUCAGAAACCCAACUCCAAGCUCAGGUGCAGUCCAGCAACAGAGAUGUGGGCAGACCACGGACAUUCCCCUGAAGGGGAGGUGCGCAUCACGGACUGGCUUGCUUUUAAACUCUCGGUGUCUAUU